AUGAUUGGAGCUUACAGCAAGAAGGGCAAUAUGGAGGCAGCUGAAUCUGUUGUUGAUUGGACAAUCAUAAACAACCGAGAGCCAAAUUCAAAGACUUGGUCCUAUCUCUCAAGUGGGUAUAUUGAACAAGGUAAAGGAGAUAUGGAAGGAGCAGAGGAGUUGGUAAGGUUACUUAGGAGCAAGGAUCUUGUCUCCCUUGAUGUUCACAAGAAGCUGAUGAAUUGGAUUAAGGAUGUUGAAUCAAACGUGCAUGCAAUUGAUGUGUUGUGCGGAAAUUCACAUAAACAAACAAAUGGAGUUUCAGAAGCCAAAGGAAGACAGGAGCAGCAAUGA